GGUCCGUUUCUAUCCUCUCUUGCUUCAUGAUCUGCAGCGCCACUAAAUGGGAAGCAACGACGGCUGCUUAAUCUUUCAUUGAGAGAAAAGGUGAAAGGCGAGACGAAAACGUUUAAAAAUUGCCUUCGCCUCCAGACAAAAUGAUCCACAGUCUGUUCCUAGUGAAUGCCUCAGGGGAUAUUUUCCUGGAGAAACACUGGAAAAGCGUGGUCAGCCGCUCAGUGUGCGAUUACUUCUUCGAGGCACAGGAACGCGCCACCGAACCUGAGAAUGUCCCUCCAGUGAUCCCCACACCACAUCACUACCUUAUCAGUGUGCUCAGGCAUCGCAUCUACUUUGUAGCGGUCAUCCAGAGUGAGGUGCCACCACUCUUUGUCAUCGAGUUUCUGCACAGAGUCGUCGACACGUUCCAGGAUUAUUUUGGAGUAUGUACAGAAGCGGCAAUCAAAGACAAUGUAGUAGUUGUCUAUGAACUGCUGGAGGAGAUGCUGGACAAUGGGUUCCCCCUGGCCACAGAGUCCAACAUCCUCAAAGAGCUCAUUAAGCCUCCCACAAUCCUUCGCACUAUGGUCAACACCAUCACAGGCAGCACCAAUGUGGGUGAACAGCUCCCCACAGGCCAGCUGUCAGUGGUACCAUGGCGACGCACCGGGGUCAAAUACACCAACAAUGAAGCCUACUUUGACGUGGUGGAGGAGAUUGAUGCUAUCAUUGAUAAAUCAGGAUCCACCAUUACAGCAGAAAUUCAGGGAGUUAUUGAUGCCUGUGUGAAACUGACAGGCAUGCCUGACCUCACUCUCUCUUUUAUGAAUCCUCGACUGCUGGAUGACGUCAGUUUCCACCCAUGUGUUCGGUUCAAACGCUGGGAAGCUGAGCGGAUCCUGUCUUUCAUCCCACCUGAUGGAAACUUCCGGUUGCUCUCAUAUCACGUCAGCUCUCAGAACCUGGUUGCUAUUCCAGUGUAUGUCAAGCACAACAUCACCUUUCGGGAGGGAAGCUCUCAGGGACGUUUUGAUCUGACCCUGGGCCCGAAACAGACCAUGGGCAAAGCUGUGGAGUCAGUCUUGGUCAGCAGCCAGCUGCCCCGUGGCGUCCUCAAUGCCAACCUGAACCCCUCCCAGGGAACGUACACUUUUGACCCAGUCACAAAGUUGUUGUCAUGGGAUGUUGGCAAGAUCAACCCACAGAAGCUUCCGAGUCUGAAAGGCACCAUGAGCCUGCAGGCCGGAGCCUCCAAACCGGAUGAGAACCCCACCAUCAAUAUCCAGUUCAAGAUCCAACAGAUGGCCAUCUCAGGGCUGAAGGUGAAUCGUCUGGACAUGUAUGGUGAAAAGUAUAAACCUUUCAAAGGAAUCAAGUACAUGACCAAGGCUGGCAAGUUCCAGGUCCGGACAUAAAGACUACUGCUCUGUGAACGCCGGACCAAACCACCACAAGACUGAGGGGGGGAUGUGAUGGGGGAAGGGGAGUAGGUAUAUUCCCUAUGUAUAUGCAUUUAUCUAUGAAGGUAUACCUACAUGAAUUGGAGGUUCCUUGUAGCAGCUAAGAGUGGACCAUUGCACAUAGAAGUGAAAUCUCUGUUGUCAACUGGUUAGAGCUCUGACUGAGUCUGAAGAGUUUGAACUAAGUGUCCUAAAACAUUUCCAUCUCUGUCCAAGUUGAACCCAGACCAAUUACAAAAUAUAUUUCUCCUCAUAUUGACUCUUCACAGCUGUUUCACAAAGAGUUCAAUCAAACCAGACCUGAGCAUUUCCAUGAGAACUUUGUACCAGUCUGUGUCAAUUCAGGCUCCAUUGAGUUUAAACAUUCAUUUCAAACUCUCAAAAACAACCUAUCAGUCACAAUCUAAUUCUGAUUCAUGUCCUUCACCUUUCCACACAAUAUUUAAUUUUCUAUGUCAUUUUUGUCUGGAGAGGUGUGUGUGGAUUGCUGGAUCAGACAGAUAUUACACCAACAGAGCUUCUCUGAUAAUAGUGACAUCAUGAGCUGUAUAGUUCUAUCAUCUUAAUGGACCUCUGCAAGGUAAAACAACAGCAUUGUCUGACUGGUAGCACAUUAAAGUCACCCCAACUAAAUAUGCUCCUAAAUGAUAUAGAAGAAGCUCCUACAGUGAAGGUCUGUGCUCCAAAGAAUGCACAUUGUUAACUGCAAGUGAACAUUUAUUGUUUCCUGUCCUUCUGUCCAGUUUUUCUGAUUCCUUUUCCAGCACUGUGUUUCAUGUACUUUCUGUUUGCUCUUCUGUUUUUCUCUUUUCUUGUGCUCUUCUUCUCUGCGUUGAAAUAAUGUGAUGAUUUUGUCUGCAACACUGGAGUCAGCACGCUGACAUGUGACAAAGUGACACUGGAGCCGUCCUCAAACAUGCACUUUUACAUCUGCUGGUACUAACUUUUCUUUUCUUGCACGUAAGAUGGAUGUAGAGAGACUGAAGCUGUUUGAGCUUUUUAUCACCAUGAAGGUAGGCUGAAAGAAAUUCAGGAACAUGUUUGCCUGUAUUGCUCAACUUUUAUUAUAAUUUAUUAAAGAAAAAGGAUAAUUUGCUAAAGUAAAUCCAUGUUCGUAAAAGCUUUAACCGAACCUUGUUCUUUAAUGUGAGAUUCUGAAAUAUUGAUGUUCAACACUGUGGUCAGAAUCAUCCAGAAAGGUUUUCUCAGGGCAUCGCAGCCCCCACAGUGAGAGAAACUUUCUAAUGUGCAUUUUUAGUAGCGAUUUGCAUACAUCAUGUAAACGUAAAAUGAUGAAUGUCGUCAUGGCAACUGAGCUGCUCUGGAUAAACCAGUACAAGAGAGAUAAAGUGAUACAUUCAUGCCUCCGGGUCUCUGCUGAAAUCAGCCCACAUCAUACUCUGCUCUUUAACAGUUGGCAUCAAGCUUCAUGGUUGCUAUAAGGAUAUUGAGGCGUAAACAGCUGAAAAUAAAACGAUUAUAUGAAACUAUGUAUUAAGGUGUAACGGCGAGGUACCUCAGAAGAAGUGUUGACGGUUUGCGUUUUGUGUUUACAACCUUUUUGUGUUUGUUAACAGCCUCCAAUGGAGUGUCACAAUGGUGAAAAAAAUAAAGAUUCAAUGUGUUAUAACUAA